AUGGCUAAAUUGCUCGUAGUCAUCGGCAUUACGGGAAAUCAGGGCGGAUCCGUUGCAAGGGUGUUUCUUGGGAUCCCGGGUUGGAGGAUACGAGGAGUCACUCGCAAUAUCUCACAACCAGCGGCCAAAGGAUUUCAGGCACAAGGUGUCGAAAUUGUGCAAGGAGAUGUCAAUGAUGUGGAGACAAUCAAAGCUGCCGUAGCCGGUGCCGACGUGGUGUUUGGGAACACUGUUUUCCCGGCAAACUUCAUCAAUCCUACCGAUGAAGACUGGCAGAGACUGAAACCGGGUCAGACCCUGCGAGAGUGGUGCUACGAGUUGGAGUACAGUCAAGGUAAAAACAUCGCCGAUGCUGUGGCUACCGUCGAUGGCUUACAGCUCUUUGUUUGGUCAUCUCUCUCCGCAGCCAAAAAAUGGAGUGAUGGCAAAUAUCGUGGUGUUUAUCAUUUCGAUUCCAAAGCUGACGUGGUCGACUACAUCCACAACAAGCUACCAGAAUUGGCCGAGAGAAUGUCCAUUCUACAAAUGGGCCUGUUCAUCGACAACUGGCGCUGGGGUCAAGCCGCAGUACCAUGGUCCAAGCAACCAGACGGUACUCUGCUUUUGAAUGUGCCUGGUGAUGGAGACAUACCGAUUCCUCUGGUUAUUCCGUCUGACGCAGGCUACUACGUUCGAGCCAUAGCCGAGGUUGGGCCAGGUAAGAACGUCCUUGCAUUUAGCAAGCGUAUUGCGUGGUCAGAUUAUGUCAAUUUAUGGAGUAAAAUCACUGGAGUUCCUGCCAGCUUUGCGAAAACUACGGUCGCUGAGCAUGCACAGCUCGCACCAGGCGGAUACGGUGAAGAAAUGGCCGAAAUGUACGCGUAUGCCCAAGAUUUUGGGUAUGAUGGAUCAGAUCCAUCCGUCAUUUAUGCACAAGAUCUCGGCGUUGAUUUACAUGAGGUUACCACUAUUGAGGACUAUAUUAGACAGGCAGACUGGUCACCUCUUCUGAAAUAA